CCAAUAAUUGAGACAAUUCAAAUACACUCUUUCAAAUAAUGAAAACUAAUAAUUUUUAGUUGUCAAUAUAUAUUUCAAAGCUUCAAAAUUCUAGUGAAAAAUACAAUUCAAUAAUGAGUGAAGAUAAGAAAGGAGAAAAAUAUGAAAUGAAAACCGUUGCUCAGGAUGCAAGAUACCAUAAUUGUAAUUGCACAAAUUGGUGUUUGGAUGCAUUUGUUGAUUAUCACAAGUGCAUCAGGCUCUUGGGGGAAGGGAGCGAGCGCUGCGAACAGUUUUGCAAAAUUUACAAAACUGUAUGUCCUAACGAUUGGAUAAAAAGAUGGGAAGACCAAAUUGAGAAAGGAACAUUCCCAUGCGAUUUGCCGGCAAAACCAAAUUGCGAAAAAUAGCUAACUGAUAUCAACAAUAACGUCAAGUCAAAGUUCUGUCUAAUGAUAAGGGAAAAACUGCCUGAUUUGUCGUAUUUGAUGAUAUUCUGGGUUUUAAUGUAAUUUUAUACUAAUUCAAUAUAUUAUUUUCCACAGUAGAA